AUGUCGUCCCUCUCCGGUCUGACCACUUCAGCCGGGCAGGCGCGGCUCGUGUUCGUCGGACACCGAGGCGUCGGGCAGAACCGACCUCCCCCAUUCGCUACCCCGGCGCCGGAAACAGCGUCCGCGGGAACAGGAGGUUGUAGAGCCUCGCCGGACAUUCGAGAGAACACGGUUCUGUCGAUGAACCGCGCAGCAAAACUGGGGGUAGAUUUUGUGGAGUUCGACGUUCAGGUGACUAAGGACGGCGUCCCUGUCAUCUUUCACGAUAAUCACAUCCUCACUGCUGACGGGCUGGAUUGCAAGAUCUCCGACCUCACACUCUCUGAGUUCCAGGCAAUCGGGCCGUCCCAGACCCCUGGAAAGAUGGGCAGGCAGCUCAUCAGGAGACGCAGGGACGGAAGCGCGUACACGUGGGUGGCGGAAGAGGAGGACGCGAUGCCGACCCUGGUUGACCUGUUUGACCGCGUUGACCCCGCCAUAGGGUUCAACGUGGAGGUCAAAUUCGCUGCUGACGACUCCAAGGAUGCCGGCGGCCCUGCUGAGAUUGACAGAAUCCUCUCUGCCUUGCUCCCUGUGGUGGAUUCGCACUGUGGGUCGCGCCCGCUCUUCUUCUCCUCCUUCAUGCCUGAUGCAGUCGUGGAACUGAAGAAGAGGCAAUCCACACACCAGGUCCUCUUUCUGACAGUGGGAUGCGGCAGCUUCAGUGAUGAGAGAAUGAACUCCGUGCAAGCUGCUGUGGCUCACUGCAAGGCCCAUGGCCUAGCUGGCGUGGUCUCUGAAGUGAAGACCCUUCUUGCCGAUUCAUCCACCAUUCAAGCAGUGAAAGACGCGGGCCUGCUGCUCUUCUCCUAUGGCACCACCAAUGAUAACGUGGAUGCAGCCCAUUUCCAGCAGUACCAUGGGGUGGAUGGCAUCAUUGUUGAUGACGUGGAGGGCAUGGCAAAUCAUGUGCUGAAUGUUACACCAGAAGAUCUUCGACCACCAUUUGGUAAAUUUGGGGUAUGA